GUUCUCCGUCGUGAGGAGGUGCAUGAAAAUCACCACCGGACAGGAAUACGCCGCCAAAAUCAUCAACACCAAAAAGCUGUCGGCUAGGGAUCACCAGAAACUGGAAAGAGAAGCUAGAAUCUGUCGCCUCUUGAAGCAUCCCAAUAUUGUGCGGCUUCAUGACAGCAUAUCAGAAGAAGGAUUCCAUUACUUAGUCUUUGACUUAGUCACUGGAGGUGAAUUGUUUGAAGAUAUAGUUGCUAGAGAAUAUUAUAGUGAAGCAGAUGCCAGUCAUUGUAUACAGCAGAUUCUAGAAAGUGUUAAUCAUUGUCAUCUAAAUGGCAUAGUUCACAGAGACCUGAAGCCUGAAAACUUACUUUUAGCUAGCAAAUCCAAGGGAGCAGCAGUAAAACUGGCAGACUUUGGGUUGGCUAUAGAAGUCCAAGGAGAACAACAGGCUUGGUUUGGCUUUGCUGGCACUCCAGGAUACCUUUCUCCAGAGGUAUUACGAAAAGAUCCUUAUGGAAAACCUGUGGAUAUGUGGGCAUGUGGUGUCAUUCUGUACAUCCUCCUGGUGGGAUAUCCUCCUUUCUGGGAUGAAGACCAGCACAGGCUUUACCAGCAGAUCAAGGCUGGUGCUUAUGAUUUUCCCUCACCAGAAUGGGAUACAGUGACUCCUGAAGCAAAAGACCUUAUCAAUAAAAUGCUCACCAUCAACCCAGCAAAACGUAUCACAGCAUCAGAAGCACUAAAGCACCCAUGGAUCUGUCAACGUUCUACUGUUGCCUCUAUGAUGCACAGACAAGAGACUGUAGAUUGCUUGAAGAAAUUCAAUGCAAGAAGAAAACUAAAGGGGGCCAUUUUGACAACCAUGCUGGCUACCAGAAAUUUCUCAGCAGCCAAGAGUUUACUGAAAAAGCCGGAUGGAGUUAAGGAAUCAACAGAGAGUUCCAACACCACCAUUGAAGAUGAGGAUGUGAAAGCUCGUAAGCAGGAGAUUAUCAAGGUGACUGAGCAGCUGAUCGAAGCUAUCAACAACGGGGACUUUGAAGCUUACACGAAAAUCUGUGAUCCAGGCCUCACAUCUUUUGAGCCUGAAGCUUUGGGUAAUCUAGUAGAAGGGAUGGACUUUCACCGGUUUUACUUCGAAAACGCUUUAUCCAAAAGCAAUAAGCCGAUCCACACCAUCAUCCUCAACCCCCACGUGCACCUGGUGGGCGAGGACGCUGCCUGCAUCGCCUACAUCCGCCUGACGCAGUACAUGGACGGCAGCGGGAUGCCCAAGACCAUGCAGUCCGAGGAGACGCGCGUCUGGCACCGCCGGGACGGGAAGUGGCAGAACGUUCAUUUUCACCGUUCAGGGUCACCCACGGUACCCAUCAAUGCCUAGCACAGAGGGAUCCCCAUCACCGCUCCGGCCCCUAGAUGCUACGCUAAAAAAAUAUCAGCGGUGCCGCACUCGCAUUUUCUGUACCCAACGCACCCAGUUGAUUACCAUCUUGGCCAUCCCAUUCUCUUCAUGCAUGUUUCUGAGUGCAUGAAGUUGUGAAGGUUCUUCAUGUAACACAUUUGUGAUGCGCCACGUUGCUGUAUAUUCCAUCUGUACACUGUUAGCAUUUCAAUGAAGGUGAUGUUCCAUGCAAAUAGAGAAAAUAAGGCAAAAAAAGACCAAAAAAAAUAGUUGGACAGCAGUAGAUACAGAAUACAUUUGUCACUUUCUCCAUUUAUGCCAAGUUUUGACAGACAACUUAAAAGUUCAUCCUGUUUAUUAAAAAAAGAAAAAAGAAAAAAGGAAAAAAAAGUACAUUUUACCCUCUUUUUUUAAGAACUGGUUUUUGAUUCCUCCUUUUCACCCCCCUAAGUCCCAGGAUUUUGGUUUGGUUCUGGUAGGAAUGGUUAGGAUUUCUGCUGGCAGCUCUGUUGCUGAAUAAGAGCUUUUUAUUAGAGCAUGUAGAUGGGCAAAAAUCACUGAUAAAUGUGGAAAAGAUAACAUCUUGGUUUUGUACCAGCUGAAGCCUUCUUAGUUUAUUAGUCCAUGUAAACUGGAAAAAACUUAACAUUUGCUGGCUUGAGCACUGCAGAAUUAACCACCAAUAUUAUGGUGAGCCAGCAGCUGCUUUUUUUCUUUUGACUUUUUACCUUUGCUUUCUUAUUUUGUUAUUUGAAAAUUUAAAUUGAAUUAAGCAAAAUUAAAUAAUGUAAGGAACUAAGUGACAAUUGAGGGGCAGUUUUUGAGGGUUCAAAAGCAAGAACAGAGAACGAUUUCUUUAUCGCUGUUGGUGUGUACUGUACAUUUUUAAAAGAGGCUUUAAAAAAACAGAAAGUUCUGGUUAAGCUAUUGACCAGUUGUGUGGUUAAUAGACUUGAGAAAUAUUAGGCCUUAAAAGCUUAGUAUGAAGAGUUUAUGUACUUUACACUGCUGCUGCUUGUCUGGAAAUGUGUUUGGGAUACACCGGUUUUCUAGUAAGGCUCUUAACACUUGUUCACGGAUUUGUUUCCCCCCCUCAACCAGUCCUGGUUUUUGUAAAUCCUCUCACAGCCAACAGGAUCAAGGACAACCACCCUGGCAGCAUCACCUGCUUGGUUGGUUCCCAGACACCGCAUGGGGAACACUCCCAGUGUCACUUCAGAACACAAACCUUGUCACAUGGACUAGUUUUGCCUCCUUUGUGUUGCUGUGAAAAUACAUCCUUGCAAGCAUUUAGGUUUCUCCCCUUCCAUUUUUAACAGGAAAAUACAGGGAUGGGUUAUUUCUUUUCCAUGUGUUAAUUGUUCUAUUACCAACAGGGCUAACUGUUUUCUGCAGUGCUGUAUAGUGCAUGAGAUCUCAAUCAGUGUCCUUCUUAGCAGCUGAAAGUUUACAACUCAGCAGCCUGAAGUUUUUAAAAUGGGAAAAGCUUCCUAAUUUGUAUCAUGUCACCUUUCUGUGUUGAUUACUAAUCAAAAGCAGUUCUUAAACAUUUUGAUGUUGUUACUAGUGGAUAUAUGGUAGAUGGAUUUAAGCUUCUCUGAUAAUUACUACAUGAUUUUAAACAAUAUAUAUUUAAAAUAAGCAUCUACAAUAAAUGUGUUGAGCCA